GCAAGCAAUAUAUCAUAACAACAUCACUAAUUAUUUUCCUAUAUCAGUUAUAUUAUUUCUUUAUCCACUAUGUGAAUGACGUCAAUUAUCUCUCAAAUAUUUUGGAGGGGAAAUUUAGACUAAGUAUUGUAAGACAACUCAAAACAAAUCGAUUUGAAGUGUAAUUUGAAACUUAGAUGAACUUGUUUACUUUAAAAAAUAUUCCUUUUACAAAAUUUUUGUUAAGUGCCGACCAAAAAAAGUUAUUUUGAAAUUUUUACUUAAUAGUUUAAUGAAAGACUCUUGAAAUCCAUAGCUUCUUUAUUGGGCAGCCAUGCUUUUCUAUGAAGGUUAUAUCACCAAGUCGGCAAGCGAUUUUGUCAAACCAUUUCGCACUAGAUAUUGCACAGUUUCUAUGGAAAAAAUAUAUAAUUCAGAUCAAAUAAGAAAAAAGAAAAAAAGAGCUUCAUUUCAAUUAAGGCAAAGAUCAGCUUCACUAUUUGAUCAGCCUUUGAAUCUUCACGAAAGUAGCGAUCCUCUUCAACAAAGAGUAGUACUAACUUACUACAAAAAAGAAAAUAAACCACAUCUUGGAAAGUUUAUACUCGACGAUUGUGGCAUCAGGAAUAUAAGUGAAGGAAUAAAAGGUUUCCAAUUCGCUGUUUGCGUCACGCUUGUGUAUUUGAAAGCUCCGAGAGAUUUAUAUUUGUGUUUUGAAAAGGAGGAAGAGAAAGAGAAUUUUCUGAAGGUUCUUCAAGAACAUACACAAAAUUCAAACAUGGACGAUGACUUUAUUGAUAAGCCGAUUGUAAAAGAAAUUCCGAGAAAUGACUUAAAUAACCCGAUUUUUAUAGAGUUGGACAAAUUUAAAAAAUCUAUUAGAAGUAAAAGUAGCGACCAAGAACUAGACGAUUCGUCAAAAGAUUUUAAUUUCUCUGAAAGUGACCGUAGAGAUUCUGGGUACUCCACAACUAAUUCAAGAUUGAGCAAUGUAUCAACAAUCAGCAGAAGUUCAAUUAUCUCCACAAUUUCACCGAAAAUCAGUCACGAUAUAAAUUCUUCUGAUCCAUCCAAAACUUUGCUUUCUUGCUCGUCUGCUGAAUAUGAUUUAAUUUCGUCUCCAUUAUCAUCUAUGGACGGUUCAAAUUUGAAUACGAAUUUAGAGUUUAAUGAAAAUUCCGAGGAGUUAGAAGAAAGCUUUUAUGAAAACGUAAAUGUUGGUACUUUAUCCAUAUAAUUUUCCAUUAUACCUUAUAACAAAUUUUAAAACUUGCAUUUUUUUGUAAAACUUCAAAUCAAUAAUGUACAAAAGUGUAAA